AAUCAAAUACAAACAUUGAAAAAAUUAUCAACGCUAAGUUAAUAUGAUAAUUCUAUUUUAGCUUAUCUAACGUUACAGUAUAUCGGCGUGUACUUUGUUUACGUAACGAAUGAUCUCGAGAACGUGUUAUCUACCGAAUACAUCCUGUCGUGAAUGAAAACAUUGGUCAUGAUUGGAUUGGGGUUGGACUUUUAACCGUUUAAUGAUCAUGGGGUUAUGACCAAUCAACAAAUUGUUUUCUAACAUAAAGACAAACAAUGUUUCCAGCUACUGAAUCAAACAAUGUUGGAGCAUGCACCAAAAGAAAACUUGCCUUUACUUUCGUCGAUAUAUGCAUUGUAGGACUGGCUGCAUUGCCUUUGCUAAUAUUCAAAGUGUCAGUUACCCCAUACAUGAGAGGAUUUUAUUGCGAAGAUGACAGCAUCAAAUACCCAUUCAAAAACUCCACUAUAACAUCAACAGCCCUCUACACCAUUGGAUUUGUUGUCAACCUUAUACUGAUUUGCCUUUUUGAAUUUAUUCAUUACCUUUAUGGUAGCAGUUUUGGGUCUAGUAAUGCCAACCCCUCAUCAGAGAGUACCACAAGUUACACAGAGAGCUCCCAAGUCAGUUAUCCUGAUUCCACAAGGCGUAAAAUCUACCAGUACUUCUAUAAUGUCUACCGAGUGUUUCUCCCGUUUGUGUUUGGUGCGGUUGUCGAACAUUUAACGACCGACAUCGGGAAAUACAGCAUUGGCAGACUGCGCCCCCACUUCCUGUCUGUGUGUAAGCCAGAUACUGCUCAGUAUGACUGUACCUCUGGAUACAUUACUGCAGAUGUCUGCACAGGGGACCAGUCCCUCAUUCGGGAAGCUAGGCUAUCCUUUCCAUCAGGCCAUGCAUCAUUUUCUUCAUAUUCAAUGAUAUUUGCCAUUUUAUAUGUCCAGGCUCGCUUGCAGUGGAGAUCAGUCCGUCUUCUGCGGCCAUUAGUGCAGCUGGUUUUGUUUUACAUGGCCUUCUAUACGUGUUUGUCUCGGGUGUCUGACUACAAGCAUCACUGGAGCGAUGUAUUAGCUGGGGCUAUCAUAGGGUUUCUGACGGCAGUGCUAGUGGUGUUUAAAGUCUCUGAUCUUUUUGAGACUAAGCCCAAAAAAGCAAAACCUGCUGCCCCUGUCAUUCAGAACAUGUCGGUACAAAACCCUGAACAUGCCAUAAUGGGUCUGCAGCACUUCACAGAAACCCCUGCCCCACCCCCAGGGCGAUCUGAUUCCCACCCUCACUACCACUCCCAGAGCAAAGGAUAUUGCAACUCUCACUUUACUGAGGAUGAUUAUGAUGACGGAUACUACACAGGAGGAUCCAGGCAGAGAAAUGGAGGACCACAAAAAUACCCCGGGAAUGACAUCAACACAGAGAGGCCAAUAUCUACACAGGUGUAUUAUAUUGAUGCUUCAGAUAAUGCAGAAAGGGAGAGGAAGCCAACUUUUUCCAAAAUGACUACCCAGUUAUGAAGUUGCUUUAACAAGUGUUGGUGAUUCUUUGAAUUUACUUGUUUUGUCCUUUGAUAAUCAAAAAAUGAAUUCAUUGGCAUAUUCUAAAAACUUUCCUUAAAAAAUAAUUUCCGAUUAAAACCCCCAUUGACCUUCUCCUGUCACCUUCAAAGGAGUGGAGGAGGUUUUAAACAGACUUAUGAAAUAAGUACCAAAACAUACCAUAUAGUCAUAAGGGUGCUGUAUAAUAAAUCUGACAAAUAUAAAACAUCAAGAAAUAAGUUUUGACCUUGUAUAUAUGUGUAUUGUUGAAAUAUAUGUAAUUUUACUAAAUGAGCCAAAAAUACAUGUCAAAAUUAAAUGUUUCCAGCAUUACCAAGUACAGUUGAACUUCGGUAUCUCGAACACCGAUAUCUCGAAUACAAUGGAUAUGUUGAAGGGAUUUUUAAGUCCCAAACACAUAAACUUUAAGUAUUUUACCCUUGAUAUCUUGAAUACUCGGAUAUCCCGAAAUUUUUAACCAGUCCUUUCUACAUGUAUUUCGGGAUAACGAGGUUUGACUGUAUACAUAUCGUACGUACUUCCUAUACAUAAUUUUAAUUUCUCACAAUCGCAGUUUAAUUGUAAUCAUUGUGCAGUUGAGUAUAAAAAUUUAUCCUUAUAUGUAUUUUUAAAAUCAAAUUUAUUAAUUAAUCUUAUUGGAUGUAAAAAUGUCCCAUCUACCAUAUUGGGGGAUAAAGUUUUAGUGUUUUUUUUCUCAGCACAUACAUGUAGUAAAAAGAAGAAAACAUUAUAAAUGUAGUGGUUUUAAUUUUUAUACAUUUAAACAUAGUCAAAAACUUUUCCGGCUAGUGUAUCAAACCAAUUUUAAAAGUACCAGCCUUUUAUAAGUUAUGACUCAUGCAUGAUAAACUGCAAGUAAUUUCAAUUCCAGGACAUUUAAAGUUACAACUGUGAUGGUUUUCAUGUUAAAAUUGGAAAGGGUGUAGGUUUUCUACAGUGGGGUAAAAAUGACAGCAUUUACAAUGUGUUUUAUUUUGUGGGAAAAUAAUAAAUAGUACUUAAAGGGGCAUGGUCACGAUUUUGGUCAAAAAAUAUUUUUCCGAUUUUAAUGUGUACAGUGCUUCAGUAAUGCAUUUUCAGUAGGCAACCAAAAUUUGAGUGUCAUUUCUUGAGUUAUAAGCGAGUUACAGAGCUUACAAUUUUUCGCUAUGUAAACAAAGCUUUUGUUUACAUUUUGAAAGUUGAAGUGAAAAUUCCCGUUUUAGACCUACAGUGAAUGUGUUAAUCGUUAGGAACUGUUUAUUUAUGCUUAAAAUGAAUAAGAAAAUGAACAAAUCACCUUGAAAAAGAAUUUUUACUGGUAUAUUGAACCUUUGUAAACAAAAACAGGGCACAAGCCUUGUUUACAUGACGAAGAAUUGUGAGCCCUGUAUCUUGCUGAUAACUCAUCGACUGGCACCCAAAUUUCAUUUGAUCAUUAGGAAUGCAUUUCCAAAACAUUGUAAAUAAUAAAAACAGGAAAAAAAAAUUUGACCGAAAUCGUGACCAUGCCCCUUUAAAGAUAUUAUAACCACGAUGCAAAUUUUCCUAUCUACAGUAUGUAUUAAAAGUCUAAACAAAAUUAGGACUUUUCUGUCUCAAUUGUUAAAAAUUGGAAUUAAAUAUAGACAAAUUCCCAGGAGCUUGUACAACUAAGGUAAUGGAGGCCUAUGUUUAUUUUAGGUUUUUUAAAGGUUUUAAAAAUGCUUUUCCAUGAAUUAAUACUUAAUGUUAUUUUUCACAGUUUAUUGAGAUUGUACGGAUUUGUACCUUUCAAAUCUAUGGAAAUUUAGUCCUAAUAAAUUCAUUGACAAAUAAUUCUACAGUAUUAUGAAGCAAUUUCUAAUUGUUUACCCGGUUAUUACAGUAACUAAUGGUAUACUUUCAUUCAUCUCAUGACAUUUUUAUUUCUGAUAUGCAAUGCUUAUACCAGGUAUGUACACAAAUAUAUAUAUUGUAUCUAUUUGUACAAAUAUGUGUACACUAAAUAAUGCAUAUUGGAAGUUUUGAUUGCAACAUUUAAUAACCAAGAUUUUAUAUUCAAUCACUAACAUUCCUUAAAGCUUGGUGACCAACUUCUGACAUCAUUCCUAUUUCCAUAUCCACAUUGAGAAUGAGAGUUUACUUCUAGUCAUUUCCAAGAGAAGUAUGUUCCAUUUUUUAUGUCUUUACUACAUCAUAUCAAGCAUUAUUGUACAUUUACAUUUGUAAUACUAGUGCAAGGUUAGUCUUUCAGUCUGUCUUAUUUAGACCACUUAUAUUUCAUCACCGUGUGAUAUGUCUAUGAUUGUGUUUAGAUUUCAUGAAUUUAAUGGCAGCAUGCGAUAAUAUUCGUUGUAUUAAUCUUUGAUUUUUGUACUUUGUAUUAAGUGUAUAUUAAAAAGUUAAUUUCAA